AUGACAUACUACACUACGGAGUUUGCAAAUGGAGCACGGUAUGACCUUCCACCAUCAGCAUUUGACGAUCCGGAUGUACCAAAGGCUUUCAAUAAGAAGUUUCGCAAACGCUUACACAAAAAUAAGGCUGAAGCAGGUACAAUCUUACCAUCGAACAAGAUUUUGCUGUCCGAUUCAUCGGACGACUCUGAUUCUGAUCAUAGGACAGAGACCCAACGCCGGCCUAGGGCGCAUAACAAGCGCACCUAUCCGGUUAGGAGAUUGAAGACGGUAGCUCGUAGUGAACAGGCUUUGCAUGCCACUCCUACGAUGACUACGCAGGUGACGCAUGAUGGACUUAAGUCGGCCAUGUCGAAACUUCCGACCGGUUCUGAUAGUAAUGUAUUCGUGAGUGGGCCUACUUCAACCGAGAAAAAGACGGGGACUCACGAUCGGCGUAUCGAGAGAUCAACGCAGGCGGUGGCUAACGGACCUAAGUCCUCUAUGACCUCGCCUCCGACUGGCUCUCCUGGGGCGUCCUCCACAGGAGGCGCUUCCAAGAUGGAAGCCCAGGAUCUUCGUACCUUGCUGUUAGCAAGGGCGGGACAAAGGCGGAAGCAGCUUGUGAAGCACACUGCGCAGGAGACUGUUCCAG